AUGAAUGCUCCAAUAACUUUCGAUACUGAGGAUGUAGAGGAUGAUAUGGAGGAUCACAACGACCCCUUGGUUCUCACGUUACCCAUCGCGGGAUGUACUACUAGGAAGGUCCUCAUCGAUGGAGGGAGCUCGGUCAAUGUAUUGUUCUAUGACAUAUUCAAACGAAUGGAGUUGAAUGAUGAGCAAUUGAUGUCCUCGUACUACACCAUAUACGGAUUCAAUGGGGCCCCAACGAAGCCUUUGGGAGAUAUUGUAUUACAAGUAAACGCAGGACCCAUGAAGGUUGAUACACGAUUCAGCGUAGUGGACGCUCCUUCUCCUUACAAUGCCAUCAUCGGCCAAAGAUGGGUACACAAGCUCAAAGGAGUAGCAGUGACCUAUCAUCAGUACCUUAGAUUUCCAACACAGAAACGGUAA